ACUUAAACCAAACUUUUCUUUCUCUCUCUCUCUUCAACGUUACUCUCUCCUCAUUUUUCGUAAAACUCGAUUAGCGAAAAAUGGUCGAGGGAGUGUCCAAGACAUUGUGGGUUAUUGUAGCCACCGUGUUUGCAGCAGCCGCGGCGGUAGCACCAGUGGCGCGUGGACAACAAACGCCGUGUUACUUCGUGUUCGGAGACUCUGUCUUCGACAACGGUAACAACAAUGUCUUGAACACAAGUGCAAAGGUCAACUAUUUACCUUAUGGUAUAGAUUUCACCCAAGGUCCAACCGGUCGGUUUAGCAACGGACGUAAUAUUCCAGACUUCAUCGCUGAACUAGCAGGUUUCAAUAGUUACAUUCCACCGUUCGCCGGAGCAUCACCGUCACAAGCUAACAUCGGAAUCAACUAUGCUUCCGGUGGCGGCGGGAUCCGGGAAGAAACCAGCCAAAAUUUGGGAGAAAGAAUCAGUUUGAGAAAGCAAAUAAACAACCACCAGUCGGCAAUUAGAAACGCGGCGGUGCCACAGAGUCAGCUAAGACGGUGUCUAUACACAAUCAGCAUCGGAAGCAACGAUUAUCUCAACAACUACUUCUUGCAACCUCCUACCUCGGCUCGUCGUCUAUUCACUCCUGACCAGUUUGCUGAUUCUCUUAUACGCCGCUACCGUAUUUAUUUGAUGGAAUUGUACGUACUAGGAGCGAGGAAUGUGGCUUUGUUCGGAAUCGGUAAGAUUGGGUGUACGCCACGGAUUGUUGCUAGCAUCGGUGGUGGAGUUGGUUGUGCAGAAGAAGUGAAUCAAGCAGCUGAUAUCUUCAACAAUGAGCUCAAAGCCCUAGUCACAGAUUUAAACAACAAACGUCCUGGGGCUAAGUUCACUUAUGUUGAUCUCUUCUCUGGAAAUGCUCAAGAUUUCGCCUCUCUUGGGGUUACGGUUGGUGAUAGGAGUUGUUGUACGGUUCAACCGGGUGAAGAACUUUGUGCGGCGGACGGACCGGUUUGUACAGACCGGACCAAAUACAUAUUUUGGGAUAACGUGCAUACCACGGAAAAGAUUAAUGGGGUAAUAGCUAGCUCGGCGUUUAACGGAGCAAUAACUUCUCCGUUCAGCAUAUCUCAGCUUGUAAAUUAAUUAAUAACGUGCCUUUAUAUAUCCAUUUUAGAAAUGGACAGGCCUUUAUUAUACUUUAAACUGGUUUCGGAAACCAUAUAGUAUACACAAGUUAUCCACUGAAUAAUGAAUAAAAGGAUUGCAAUGUAGUUGACCCCAAUAACAAAGUUUUGCACACUUGCAUUAUUCUCAAAUCAA